AUGAAAGAUACAGAAACACAAAUCCUAAAUUUAGGGCCUAAAUUGGUUCCACCAGCACCACAACAAGUGUUAAAACGUUUACCCAAACAGAUAGAACAAAUGAAAGACAAAGUAGCAGCAGCGUCGAGAACAGUGACUAAAACUAUCGGACGACAAUCACCUCUUGUAAAUAAAUUUUGUCAACGCGUCGAAGUAGAAAUAAGAAAACGCAUAGCAACAGAAGCACUACGAGAUCCUACAUUUGAGCCAGCGAUAAAUUACUUUCAAAAAAUGCAAAAACACAAAAAGAUCAUUUUUCGACAAGCAGACAAAUCAAAAGUAUUUCAUGCAGAUAUUCGAGAAAAAUAUAUAGAAAAAUCAACAGCAUAUAUGAGAGAAACAAAUGCAUAUAUAGAAAUACCAACAUCACCAUUAGUAAAAAUAGCUAGUUUUAGUGAUAAAAAUAUUCCACCACUUUUUGAUAACCAUACUCCAUAUUCAAUUUCUAACUCAAUAACCUUUCCAAAACACUUGAAAGAAUGUAAAACAACAUCAGAAACAAACAUAUAUACAUUUGAUAUAACAGAUCUAUAUAUAAUAAUUACUCAAAAAGAAGCAGUAUUAGCGGUAUGCGAGUUUCUAGAGAUGAUGUUUUUUCUCACAACGAAAUCAUCAUGUGAAAAAAUGAAAAAUAUUCUUGAAGAAUUAAAUAGAUCCGAUCCUAAUAUCAUUAUACAUUGGAAAGGAGAAAAAUCAGUAGACUAUAUAGAUAUAACAACAACCAUCGAUAUUCCGAACUUCAAAGCAACAGUAUAUCGUAAACUAGCAGCUCAACCAUACAUACUUUCAUUCCAUUCAUCACAUUCACCACAUAUUAUGAGGAAUAUUCCAUAUUCUGCUGCAUUCAGAGCAAUGCGAAUUUGUUCACAUUCUGACGAUCUUCGAGAAGAGUUAGACAAAAUUAGAGUAAUGUUAUUACUAAAUAAAUAUCCACCAACAUUUAUUGAUCAACAAAUGGCUAGAUUCUAUCAAGAUCUAACUGAGAAAAAAUCUUCCGAUACAUUAUUAGGUAAAGAACACAAGGAAUAUAGAGAAAGAGUAUUAGAUGAACAAUAG